GCGGUGCGAGUAAAGACCAUGACCAGAAGAAGACCAGUCUUGUCCAAGAAGACCGCAUUCAUGAAGAAAUCUCAAAUGCCUUCCUUGGCAGUUUUGCAGUAGACAUUCGAUGCAUCGACAGGAGUAAUCCAAAUCGAAUCAUUGAUAAGAACUUCUGCGAGAAACUGAAAGAAUCAUUCCGACAUGGCACCUGAUGCUAUGCACAAGAUGACCGCUUGAAAGUCAUAAUGUCCACAGAUGAAUUUGAAAGCUUAAUCUCUGACUCUGCAAGAAUAUCUCUACCAGAAAACCAUGAUGAUGCAGCACAGCACACUAAAGCUUGAGACAUACUCAAGCAGCAGACACGUCAAAAGACAAGCCAACUGAAGGAUAUGGUCAGCCUCAGAUCACUCCCACCUAAUGUCACCAUGUCCUUGGUAAAUGGACAGCAUCGUAUAAUGGCACUUCUGUCGCUUUUGGAGGAUGCACAAUCUUUGGCCAACCAGGAAGCAGAAGAUUCAAAUGGGGCAAGGAUUGCUGCACCAACAGCUGAACAAUACUUCUGGGGAGUUGAUGUUUUUGCGCAGGACAUGAUGUCAGAGGAAGUGCAGACUGCACUUGCUGCAAAUCCAGAAGGCUUAUACCAGGCCAACAGUGAGGGUUUUAAUGCGCAGAUAAUAAUCAGCCGCUUUGAGUGCAUCCCAGUUGGACAACGUCAUGAGAUACUCACCCAGACGAAACUUUCUGACUGGCUCCAAAAUGUCUUUGGUGUCAACAUCCAGCACACAGCAUGUAUCCUAUCAAUCCUCCAACAUGAUACAUUUCGAUCUCUCUUCUUGCAGUUUUGCCUCACUCGGUACGGUGAAUGUAAUUUUGCUUGGAGUCUUGCAACAAAAAUCAUCCAAUCAAAACUCGAUUGUUAUCCACUUCGUUUGCUCUUCUUCCCUACUCGCGAUGAUUAUUUUAAUGGAAGUUCCAUUCGCUGGGCACCCUGGCGAAUUGAUGAUACUCCACUGCCGGCUCUCAGUCAACCGUUCCAAACAAAACAGUAUGAAUUUCAUUCUCGUCGUCCAAACUUCCUCCUUGCCUUUGGUGAUGAGUCGUAUUGCACCAUAUAUCAGAAACUUCGUGAAUAUCGCAAUCUUCCAUGCCCUACAUGGCAUAAUUGGUAUGUCUUUGAGCGCGACGUGAUUGUCAAAAUGAGAAAAGUUCUAGUUCAUAUUGCAUGCUGGGUCAAGCCUGACUGGGUUUAUCCGGCUCCUGCUUCGCAACGAUACAAAGAGUUUCUCUGGGAAACUGAACUCGAGACACUUCUGUUCCCAGAUGUUGUUGAGAACAGAAAUGCACAAGCUCAGGAGUUCAUUGAACGACUCAAAGAACAGAUCCAGAAUGAUCAAAUAUGGCAAGACUCUUCAAACGAAUCACUGCUUGCAGCGCCACCUGCAUCACUGAAAAGAAAGCCAGAUGAACCAGGCCUCUCUGAUGAGUAUUUUCAUCGGUUUGGUCAUCUGCACUGGGGACGUGUUGUUUCUCUUGUAGUGGAGAUGUGUGGGCCUAUUCUGACAAACCAAAUGGCCAAGUACAAUGACCUCGCGUAUCUUGAAUCAUUGCACUCACCAUGUCUUCCUUGGGGUCUGCUCAUCUCGCAGUCCAAUCUUGAGAAAAAUCAGCUCUUACUCAAAACACGCUCUAUCCUGAAAGACAAAACAACAAAGUCUGGCCUCAUUGAAGAAGCUGAACUUUUUGGGGCAUUAUGGCAUUACCGUGUGCUCAAAGGGCACAUGAUGAAUACAGUUCUCUGGGGUUUUGCAGGUGGUAGAGGACGGCCAGAUGGACUCUUGACUUCAGAUACUGAAUGGGAUAAUGCAGUCAUGGUCCUUCGUGACUGCGCCUCGGUCUUGAUUAAGCACAAUUUUGAAGUAGAUCUUGAUGAUCAACAGGAAGACUUGAGCAAAUUCUCACUUAACAAGCAUCUCCUGCCGAAGUCAAGCACUCCACACAUUUGAAAACCUGGGUUCAUAGCCAACCGUCCUGCAGACUACUCAUCUCGUGAAAAUGAACUUCACGCUCGACUAGCUGAGCACAACAAAUCCAUUGCCAAAAACACUCUUGUCAAGAAUCCUCCAAUUGGCAAACGCAAACGUGGAACUGAGGACACUGCAGACAAAUCAGAACAGACUACUCAUAGUGGAACUCAGCAGGAACGUUCAGGAGAGAAAAGUGGAGACACCCAGGUUAUUGAGUGACUGAACAUCAAUUGGGUCUUCGGAGAAUUGGAGUUCUAUUGAGUGGUAUUUGGUGUUUGGGAUUUUUCAUGAUGUAACGGAACAUAAUACCCAGGAAAUUUUUAUAGUUUAUUUAAGGAAAUUG